CUCGCAUCUGAGAGUCAAUGCUGCGCGUAGUGGGGAAAGAAGAGGCGAGGAGAGAGGCGCACUAGCAGACCGGGGAUUAUCGUUGACUUUUCUUCCCACGACACAAGCCUCUACUCCCGUUUCUCCCACCCCUUUUACGUGCCGGGGUUUUCAGUGCAGCUCCUUGUGAACCGAAUGGAAUACAAGAACCUUGCCGGUUUCUCUCGGGAUCUUCAUCAACUGAAUUCAGAGAUUUCUUAGAGGGGAGCGACUGUGGUGGGAAGGCAAGGGGAAAGGAAUUUGUGAAAGAAAAAAAAAAGUUUGCUCUACUGGAGAAACUUGGCUCCUUCCUCCUGGUCUUUUCUUUUCUUUCUUUCUUUUCUUUUCUGUUUUUUUUUUUAACAAGUCCCGAAGCUCAACCCAGAGUGCGCUGCAGUACCUCUGUUGCUAUCCUUUUUGAUGUGGGGGCUCGCGUCCACGAUGCGGGGUGCUUGCCCGCUAGCGUGAGCAGCUCCUGGUCUCCAGACUGAUCCCUUCGUCCAUUUCGCUCCACAGUGAGAGAGACGGACACUCAGACAGGCAGACAGACAGACUCACCAGCGCGCACCCUGGAAGGCCAAACGGGGCAAACGCACGUGGAUGUGUUUGUGUGUGUGCUCUGGGCUGGCAAGGGGGGCGAAGGUGACACCACAGUGGCCUGCAGAGGUCCGGAGGGAGCCGGGCUCCGGUGCAACAUUGGACUAGAAGCGACUUACCUGGAACUUGCUACAAUCUCUUUGUACUUCCGCAGAAGUUGUUUUUGGAUCUUCUCCCUCGACCCUCACUCAUUCUGCCCUUUCGUUUCUCCCCCACCCCUCCAACCUGGGCAACUGGGGGAGCCUAGGAGGACCAUGCGAGAUAAAGACUGAGGUCCAGGAAGGGGAAGAGAGCCGGUAGCAGGGGGGAGGGUGGAGGGGGGAUAAUCACAGAAAGUGUCACGAGUGGCUCCCCCCUCCUCCUCCUCUUCCACUUCUUCCUCCUCCUCCUCCUCGUCCUCCUCGGUUCCAUUUCCCAAGUGGGGAUCCAACCGGGGGCCAGCGAGAGCAGCCCGGCAAGGGGGACCCGGGGCGGGCAGGCGGGGGAUGCCGCUGCUGGGGAGGAGAGUGCAGUGGCUAUGCUGGUGGUGGGGGCUCCUGUGCGGCUGCUGCUGCCCCCCGCCAGUGCUGCCCCUCCUGCCCGCCGCGGCAGCGGCCGCCACCGGAGGGGCGCUGCUUGGGAACAGCAGCGGGAAGAGCAAUAGCCCGGGGGAGCAGCAACAACCACUGCAGCAGCCUACCCCGCAGCCUCCCUCCUCCUCCUCUUCCCCCUCCUCUGGUUUCCUCUACCGGAGGCUCAAGACACAUGAGAAAAGGGAGAUGCAGAAGGAGAUUUUGUCUGUGCUGGGGCUGCCCCACCGACCCCGGCCUCUCCAUGGAUUACAGCAGCAGCAGCCGCCGCCGCCGCCACCUUUGCAGCCCGAGCAUCGUGGGGCGCUGCCGUCCCCUCCGCCCCAGGCACCACCAGGGAGACUGAAGUCGGCUCCCCUCUUCAUGCUGGAUCUGUACAAUGCCCUGUCCGCGGACGAAGGCGAAGAGAGGGGAGAGGAGGAGGAGAAGCAACAGCCCCCGCCCCAAGGAGGGGGCGACCGGAGGGGCUGGUCCCAGCAGCGGCUGCCGGCCAGCCGGCCCCUGGCUCCGAGCGCGGCGGCGCAUGCCCUGCAUCGCAAAAGUCUCCUAGCCCCGGGUCCUGGAGGCGGCGGCGGCGGCGGCGCGUCCCCGCUAGCCAGCGCGCAAGACAGCGCCUUUCUCAACGAUGCUGACAUGGUCAUGAGCUUUGUGAACCUGGUGGAGUGUGACAAAGAGUUCUCCCCUCGACAACGCCAUCACAAGGAAUUCAAGUUCAACUUGUCCCAGAUUCCCGAGGGAGAGGCUGUGACAGCUGCAGAGUUUCGGAUCUACAAGGAUUGUGUCAUGGGGACCUUUAAAAACCAAACUUUUCUUAUCAGCAUUUAUCAAGUCUUACAGGAGCACCAGCACAGAGAUUCUGACCUGUUUUUGCUGGAUACCAGAGUAGUAUGGGCCUCAGAAGAAGGAUGGUUAGAAUUUGAUAUCACUGCUACCAGUAAUCUGUGGGUGAUGACUCCACAGCAUAACAUGGGACUCCAGCUGAGUGUGGUGACCAGAGAUGGUCUCAGUGUCAACCCAAGGGCUGCUGGUCUAGUGGGCAGAGAUGGCCCUUAUGACAAACAGCCCUUUAUGGUAGCAUUCUUCAAAGUGAGUGAAGUUCAUGUCCGCACCACGAGAUCAGCAUCUAAUCGACGAAGGCAACAGAGUAGAAACCGCUCCACUCAGUCACAGGAUGUCUCUAGGGUUUCCAGUGCCACUGAUUAUAACAGCAGUGACUUAAAAACAGCCUGCAGAAAGCAUGAGCUUUAUGUGAGCUUCCAAGACCUGGGAUGGCAGGACUGGAUAAUUGCACCAAAAGGAUAUGCAGCCAAUUACUGUGAUGGAGAAUGUUCCUUCCCUCUCAAUGCACACAUGAAUGCAACAAACCAUGCAAUUGUACAGACUCUAGUUCACCUGAUGAAUCCUGAUUAUGUUCCUAAACCAUGUUGUGCACCUACCAAGCUAAAUGCUAUUUCAGUGCUUUACUUUGAUGACAACUCCAAUGUCAUCUUGAAAAAAUACAGAAAUAUGGUGGUGAGAGCUUGUGGAUGUCACUGACCUGAAAGCCAAAAUCUCACCUGGUAAAAACCCUAUGAAAUUCGUCCUGGAUUCCUGGGGGACAUCUGCUGUGAGAAAAGCUACAGAGGCACGGCUGAAUUUGAGUAGAUUGUCAAACAAUUACAUGUUGGUGCCUUAUGGAAAAAAAAAAAGAAUUAAAGGACUUUUCAUUGAUAAAUUGCUCACUGGAUAAAUAAUGUGAGUAGGCACUGGUUUGUAGGAAGCUUAAUAUGGGUAUAACAAGAUGGUAUGAGGAUUUAACUACAGAAAUAUGUCUGAAGGAUUUUCCCAAAGAAAAGUCUGCCAAAUUGGUUUGUUUUAGCUUGGAUCAAGCUAUUCAUGGUGUUAUUGCCUGAGAGUGAAGACUAAAACUUAAGGGGAAUAAAGCUAUUAUUGGCUGUGUAAAGUGAACAUGAAUAUCAGUCUGUCAAAGGUAAAUGUUACAAGUAAAUAAGCUUGGGGACAAAUCAUUGGUCUUAGGAUUCAUUCAUAACAACAAAAAAUAGACAUACCCCUAGGCAUAUCCUGGGGGUUCAGGAAGUGCCUUGUUUUAGUGAAUAAUUGCUAUGUAUGUGUGUUGGAGCUUUGCUGGUGCGAGAAUACACUUAUUUCAGUCAAAGAAAAAAAAUUUUUCCCAUGCUUCAAUCCUCCUAUUAGAUCUCUUUUCCCUUAGGUCUGAGCAUACACUGAAUUUAUAUAUGUAAGUACUAAGCACUUGGCCCAUCUUCCUUUGAGGUGAAUCUGGACUGGGGGAUGUACUUUUAACAGUUGUCUUGACAGACUAACUUGUGAAAACAGUGUUAUACCCCGACCUUUUUAGUAUAUACCAUUUGAAACUUACAGCAAAUGAUGGAAUCUAGCAACUCAUCUAUGUCAGUGAAGUGUGGGGUUUUUUUUUUCUCUUGUUACAGAGGAUACUUUAUCCCAGAAUCAAAAUAAAAUUUUAAAAGGUAAAAGUCUGCAGAAGUGAGCAGAAGGUACCCUCAUACUUUGAAGUGGGUUGGGUGAUUAUACUGUUUAAGAAAAAGAACCACAGUCUCAGGUAGAGGUGGUCAAAUCUUAGAUUAUUUUUUAAAAAUGUUUUUGGGCAACCAUGUAAUAAGAAAUCUAUUUCAUACUAAACUGGUUAAACAAUACAUUUAUAAUCUAUAACUAUUUGCACUUACAGUUUUUUGUAAAUAUAAACUAUAAUUUAUUGCCAUUAUUUUAUAUCCAUU